UUAUUAAUCAAGCUUAAGUCAACUUUUGAAAUAAUUGGUGUAAAGCGCUUUAUGAGAAAAGAUGCUGAUGGCUUGUUUAUUCCUACCCCUACUGUUCUGCUGACUUUUCUAAGUUCAACCCGUCCAGAUCACGUUACUUAUGAUUAUAUAUGGUUAGACGUCUAUGAGUAUAUCAAACCAAUACGGCAAUGCUUUGUCUGCUAUAAGUUUGGACAUGGUCGAGGAUCCUGCAAGAGUGUCCAAGUUUGCUCCAUAUGUUCAGGAAAUCACUUUUUCAAAGACUGUGAAAACAAAGAUAAUGUCAUUUGUGUUAACUGUAAAGGAUCACAUUUGGCUAUAAGCAACAUUUGCCCAGUGAAAGCUGCUAAAAAUCAAGAAUUGAAAGCAAAAAUUAAUGGUAAACUUAGUUAUUCUACUGUGGCUGCCAAGGUAAAACCCUCACCAUCAAUUCUCCCUUCCUCAAGACCGGAUGAUUUUCCCACAACCUCUACAAAUUAUAAUAACCCCAUUAAAUUGCUUAAUGCUCCCCGUAAAAGAUUGUUAUACACAGACAUUAUUAAUUCUGAUGAUGUUUUAAAUGUACUAACAAAAACACUUGUAGAAAUUGUUGUAAAUAGAAACGGCUCUCAUUCAGAUAUUACUGUCUCAUCUAAACUCAUAAAAGAAAUGCUUAUUAAUAAUUUUACAUAAUAGUUUUAUGGAUAAUAAUAAUACUAAUUUGAAACAACUAAACAUUUUGCAUUGGAAUUGCCGUAGUAUUGUACAAAAAUUAGACCAAUUGAAACAUUUUAUUGUAAGUUAUCCCUCUAGUAUAGACCUAAUUCUUUUAAAUGAAACCUGGUUAAAUAACACUAAAAUGUUUAAGUUACCAGGUUACAAGGUAUUUCGACGUGAUUCAGAUCGUCCUCAUGGAGGCAUUGCAGUAGCUAUAAAAGAUAAGUAUGAUUAUAAAAUUUUGGACUCUCCUUCUACUUAUCACUUUCAAAAUAUAUUGAUUUCCAUUAAACUAGCUUCAAUCUAUAUUGAUGUCCUUUGCGUAUAUAUUCCACCCCCACCCAAUGGGAAAUUCAAUUUACAAAUGCUUGUACAAUCUUAUUCACAAAUUAUUCACAGAAAUUACUUAAUAAUUGGUGACUUCAACGCCCACCACACUUCCUGGGGCUCUAGAUUCAUUGACAGAAGAGGAACUAUUAUACAUUCCUUUGCAGAUGACCAAAACCUUAUAUGCCUGAAUGACAACACAGUUACAACAUUUGCUCCACAUGGUCAGAAUGGUAAUGUUUUGGACUUAGCUUUUGCAUCGUCUGCGGUGAGUUCAAGUUGUUCAUUUUCUGUUCACGAUGAUUUACUAAGCAGUAACCAUUUUCCGAUUUUCAUUGGCAUUUUGUAUAACAAUACUGUUAACUUUUCAAAGCCCACAACAAACCAAAAUACCAUCCACAACAAAUACAAUUCUUCCGAUUGCAGACCUUGUUUAUCCAAUAUCAACUUUCAUAAAAUAGAAUGGUCAAAAUUUUAUGAUUUGUGUAAUGAUAGAUUCUCUUCUUUCUCAAUAAAGUCAAAUCCUCUAGCUAGUUAUAAUGCGUUCUUUAAUAUCAUAGGUAAUAUUUUGGUAAAGUUCCCGAAAAAAUGUUGCCUCUCUAAAAAACGUAAACCUACUAUUUGGUGGAAUGAACGUUGUUCUGAAGCAGUUAGUAGGGCUAAACUUGCAUUGUAUUCAUACAAAAAAUAUCCUACUUUAGAAAAUUACAUUAUUUAUAAGCAAUUUGACGCUAAAAAGAAAAGAACAUUAUCAGAAGAAAAACAAUCAAGUUGGGUCAAUUUAAGUAACUCUUUCAAUAGGACAACCCCAUCCAAAAUAAUUUGGGAUUAUAUUAAAAGAUUUAAAUUUGCAAAACUAGGCGCUAACUCUAAAUCUACUGUAUUGGAUAAUCCAUUGAAUGCAAUGACCUUUUUGAAUAGAAUCUCUUCUUCAAAUACCAAUGAUUCUUUUCCUUUUAAUUUAGAGUCAUGCUUUAAAACUAAAGGAUCUGAAUCUGCUAGAUGGCUGCAGAACCCUUUUGAUUUUUACGAAUUUGAGUCUGCUUUAAUUAACAAAAAGAAUACGUCUCCUGGUCCAGAUUAUAUUCCGUACAUUGUAAUUAAAAAUCUACCUAAAAAUGUAAAACAGAUUCUCCUUAAAAUUUACAAUCAAUUAUGGUCACAUAAAUUAAUACCUACUACAUGGAAAACACAAUUUAUUGUUCCAAUAUUAAAACCAAAUAAAGAUUGCAAAGAUCCUGAGUCAUAUAGGCCUAUAUCCCUAACUUCUUGCUUUGCGAAAUUAUUCGAAACCAUGUUAAAAAAUCGAUUAGAAUGGUAUAUUGAACACAACUCAUUGAUACCAAAUUAUCAGUUUGGUUUCCGAAAGGGAAGAAGCGCGAUGCACAAUCUUGGUUGUUUGAUAGGCGAUAUUCAAAAUAAUCUUUUAAAAAAUAAAAUAACUUUAGCUGUUUUUCUAGACAUAAAAGGCGCGUUCGAUAAUAUUAAACAUGAAUAUUUAAUUCAAACAUUACAAACGCUCGGCAUUCCCGGUUCAGUUUUAUUAUGGAUCUUUAAUUUCCUUAACGGCCGUUCCAUAUCUCUAAAAAUUAACAAUAACAUUUAUGGCCCAUGUACUUCUUUUAAGGGGACUCCUCAAGGUUCAGUAAUAUCGCCCUUAAUUUUUAUCUUAAGUCUUGUUACAUUAAUGAAAACUAUCCCAGAUAAUGUAAAAUACUCUUUGUAUGCCGAUGAUAUAGUUAUUUACUUGGAUUGUGUUGAUCUUUUACAAGGAGAACUUAUUAUGAAUAACUGUCUUAAUAUUAUAAGUGAGUUUUUCAAUAAACAUCUAGAACUUGAAGUUAGUGUAGAAAAGAGUUCAGUCAUGCUUUUUGCGCAUAGUUGCCCAGUAAAUCCGCGUAUUUAUUACAAUAAUUUUUUAAUUCCAUUUAAAACCUCGGAAAAAUAUUUAGGUAUCAUGCUUGAUUCAGAUUUGUCAUGGAGUCAUCACAUCUCCUAUAUUUGUAAGAAAGCGGAACAGCGUUUAAAUAUAUUACGAUCUUUAGUUGGAGUUAGUUGGGGAUCUGACCCUAAAAUAUUGAAAAAUUUGUAUAUUUCUUUAAUACGCAGUCAAUUUGACUAUGGAAGCUAUUUUUAUGUCGACGCUUCUAAUCAUCUGCUUAGGAAACUUGACGUCAUACAAAAUAAAGCUCUACGGAUCAUUACGGGGGCCAUGAUGUCAUCUCCAAUAAAUUCCCUGGAAGUAGAAUCUGGAAUACCACCUUUACUCGUUAGGAGAAGUUAUUUGACAGAAAAAUUCUGCUUGAAUUUAAUCUGCCGAGAUAAUGUUUUGAUAAAAAAAUACUUACAAAACUUUUCUAUUCCAAAUUAUAAUAUCCUCCCAAUAUCAGCAAUGCCUUCCAUCAGCGAAUCGAUUUCAUACCUAAACUUUGAAUUCCAAGACAUUAUCCAUUGGUCUAAUUUACUUCCCUGUUUUACAUACAACUUCCAGUCAAUACUAUUUGAUGUUUCAGUUAAAAUAUCUCGAUUCGAUUCUAAGCAAGACUUUUACGAGUUUCUUAAUGAAAAGGUUGAUUAUGUUAAAAUAUACACUGAUGGUUCUAAAAACAACGUCAGAACCAGCUUUGCUUUCUACGACAGUUGUAAUAGAAUUGGCAAGGUUUAUUCGUGUAGCAAUUAUUUUUCAAUUUUUUCUGCCGAAAUUUUAGGUAUGAUAUAUGCUGUUAAAUAUAUAUCUCAUAAUUUCAAAUCAGUUCCGAAUUCCAAAUUCAUAAUAUUAUCUGACUCAAUGAGUGCAUUACAAGCAAUAGAAGGAAAGCAUAUUGGUAAAAAAAUUAACUACUUAAUAUAUGAAUUAAGAUAUCUAAUUCAAUUAUUGGCACACCUCAAUAUUAUUGUUGAACUAUGUUGGGUUCCGGGACACUCCGGCAUAUUAGGUAAUGAGCUGGUGGAUAAGCUUGCCCGUUCAGCUCCAAAUAUCACUACCAUUACAGAGUAUAUGGUACCAGAUAGCGAUUUUAUCACUUGCCUAAAAGAUAAUCAAAUUAGACGUUGGUCUACAUUGCUAUUAAAUUCGCGGCAACUUAAGGGCAAGUGGCAUGCUGAGAUUGUCAAUGUGCCCAGUACCAAAUCCUGGUUUGAAAAAUGUACAUACUCAAACAGAAAUUUUAUUACUGAUUUAUGUAGACUUAGAUUAGGCCACUGUAAAUUUCCAUCCCAUCUGCAUCGUCUUAGGUUAAGCAAUAAUGCAACUUGUAAAUAUUGUACCUAUGAGUAUUGUGAUCUCCAUCAUUUAUUCUUUGAUUGUAAGAAAUUUAAUAUUCAGCGACUCCAUUUUAUAUGCUUACUCACAGAUUUAUUGAAAACUAAUGAAAUGCCAAAAACUGUACAGGAUUUACUCAAAUUAGAAAACUUAUAUAAUGUAAUUCAUAACUUUUAUGUAAAUACUUUUGGCCCUUUGUAAAAAUAGAAUUUUUGUCUUUUAAUUUUUGUUAAAAUAGGUUUUAAGUAUUUUGUUCAUUUAUAUUUGUAGACGUCUCUUGCUUGUUUUCUGUGUGUUUAGCAUUUUAAUCUAUUGUAUAAAAGAAAUAUGUAAUAGUUUUAGUAGUAGUCUUAAGUUUUAGCUGAUGGCCCUAGCAGCCAAAGCUAUAAUAAAUUAAAAAAAAAAAAAAAAAAAAAAACAACAAAAGCACGUUUUAAUUUUUCACUUUUUAUUUUUUACGAGAUUUUUCAUAGAACAAUAACUCUUAUAAUUUCAGUGGAUGUUUUAUUAUUAUCCCGCAGUGUUUCGAUGUAAACUAAAGGAUAUAAUAUCGGUUCUUUUUUACAAACAUGGGGAAAAGCAGGCGUAACGCUAAGGCACGGCAAGUGGUGAAAACAAAUAUAGACGAUUCGGAAACCAAACAGAUUAAGGUAGAAUUUUGCAAAAAUGAAUAUGGAUCAUCGGAUGCAAGUAAUCUCUUGGUAUUACCUUCAAAGAAACGGCAAACUGAGAUUGUUGCUGAGAAAAAUGUUAAAACAAGGUUUCUAUCCAAAGCACAAAGGAAAAGAUUGGAAAAAAUUGUUGAAAAGAAAAAGAAGAAAGAAAAUAGAGCUUCUUUACUAGAAUCCUUAUCAAAAGUCCAGGCAAGCCCUAAUGAAGUCAGUCAAAUGACAACAAUUUCUUCAAUGCAGACACUUGGACUCAGAAGGUUAACAGAAUAUAAUGCAGAAAUUCCAAUUAUUGCUCAGGAAAGUACUGAAAAGAAGUUCAGUAGUAUUGCAGGGGCAAAGAAACGUCUACGUCUACUGAAACAAGACAAAUUAGAUAAAAUAAAAAAGGCUAAACAUGAUCCAAAUGUUGUGGGAUUACAAGAAUCGUCAGAUGAGGAAGUCAGCUCAGAAUCUGAUGAUGAUAAUGAUGAAUCAGAAGUCAUAGAAAAUGAUCAUGAACAUAAGAAUAAUUUAGAAAUUAUAGAUUUAAGUACUGAUCAAAAUAUGGGUACAAUAAAAAAUGGAGAAACAAAAUGUAUCCAAGAAGAAGAUUCUGAUUGUUCAAAGAUUAAUGGUAGUCGGUUAAUACCAGAGGUUGAAAAUAAAAAUAGCUUAAAAAAUAUUAAAGCCAACAAACCAAAGAAUGACAGGAACACUGAAGGAAUUAAAACAGUAGUAAAAAAACCUCUACUAGAACACCCUAAGGAACAUGUGGAAGUGAACAGAAAUCCCAAAGUUCAGGUGGCAAGGCUUAAAUUGCCAAUUUUAGGUGAAGAACAGAGAAUAAUGGAGUUGGUGAAUGAAAAUGAAUUUUUGAUUGUAGCGGGUGAAACAGGUAGUGGAAAAACAACCCAAAUCCCCCAGUUUUUGUAUGAAGCGGGCUACACUCAUAGUAAAAUGAUAGCAGUAACGGAACCGCGAAGGGUUGCAACUGUUGCUAUGGCGGCUAGAGUAGGCCACGAAUUAGGCCUGAGUAGCAAGGAAGUCUCCUACCUGAUGCGAUUUGAAGGAAAUGUCACUAAAGAGACCAAAAUCAAAUUUAUGACAGAUGGUGUACUCCUAAAGGAAGUUCAAUCAGAUUUCCUCCUAAGCAAGUAUUCAGUGGUGAUAAUCGACGAGGCUCACGAAAGAAGCGUUUAUACAGACAUUCUUUUGGGCCUGUUAUCUAGGAUUGUACCGCUUCGAAGAAAAAGAGGAAAUCCAUUGCGACUGAUUAUCAUGUCUGCCACAUUGAGAGUGGAGGAUUUCACAGAGAAUAUUAGACUGUUUAAAGAACCACCACCAGUUAUAAAGAUAGAUUCAAGACAGUUUCCAGUGACUGUACAUUUCAAUAAACACACUUAUAAGGAUUAUUUGAAAGAGGCUUAUCGGAAAACUGUGAAAAUACACACCAGAUUACCUGAAGGAGGGAUUCUUAUAUUUGUCACUGGGCAGCAAGAGGUAAAAUAUUUAGUGCGUAAACUAAAGGCUUCAUUCCCGUACCGCAAAGAUAUGGAUUACUCAAAAUUGGUAACAAAGAAAAUACCACUCAGCGAGGCCGAUGCAGCUUUAGAUUCGGAACCGGACGAUAUAGAGUCGGAUGAUGAUGAGGUGGAGAAAGAAAUGAAGCGAGCCAGGAAGGCUAGAAGGAAAGCCAAGUUGAAGACGAAGAAAUUGCCCAAAAUCAAUUUGGACGAUUACGAUAUGCCCGCCGAUGAUGGUCAGGCGGAUCUGGUUGAUAAUGAUGACGAAAGUGAAGGUCAUCUUAGUGAUUCUGACGCAGAAGAAGACAGCCUUUCAGCCGUGAUCAAAUCUUGCCGUCAACCGUUAUGGGUGCUUCCUUUGUACUCUAUGCUGGGUUCAGCGAAGCAGGCGAGAGUUUUCGCCACCCCACCGCCAGGGGCGCGGCUGUGCGUAGUCAGCACUGACGUGGCUGAGACCUCUCUCACGAUCCCUGCCAUAAAAUACGUCGUAGAUACCGGGAAAAAGAAGAUGAGAGUGUACGACCACGUAACAGGUGCUAGUGCCUGGCGAGUAGUUUGGACGUCGCAAGCGAGCGCCGAGCAACGUUCCGGCCGAGCGGGCAGAGUUGGGGCUGGUCACGCGUACCGCCUUUACAGCAGUGCUGUGUUCCAGCACGAUUGCGUGCCUCACCACCCGCCCGAUCUGUGCAGGCGGCCGGUCGACGACUUGGUGCUCACGAUGCGAUGCAUGGGGAUUGAUAAGGUAGUGAAUUUCCCUUUCCCAACUGCACCAGAUAGGUUGCAAUUAAGAUUGUCGGAGAAACGUCUAGAAACCCUGGGUAUAUUAGAGAAAAUCGAGUCGAAGAAUAAGAGGAAAGACGAAGACGAGGUAUUGAAAGUGACGCCUUUAGGUAAGGCCGUGUCCGCGUUCCCUCUACUGCCGAGAUAUGGGAAAAUGUUAGCACUCAGUCACCAGUUCAAUUUGCUGCCUUACACCAUUGCUUUGGUGUCCGCAUUGACUGUGCAAGAGGUAAUGACUGGCAAACCAGACAGUUGGCUGGCAUCUGGCAACACCUUGCUACUUGGUGAUCCAGGAGUAUUGCUACGAGUGGUUGGCGCGGCCGAAUAUGCCUAUGUCAAGGGCGAAGAAGAACUUUUCUGUGCUAAAUAUGGACUGAGAGAAAAGGCAAUAAAAGAGAUCCGCAAGCUCCGAAGGCAGUUGACCUCCGAGAUAAACCUCAGCAUCGCUGAAGUGGACGUGACUGUAGAUCCUGAGAUGAAACCACCCGAUGACAAUCAGGCGAGGUUGUUAAGGCAACUGGUGCUUAGUGGACUGGGAGACCAGGUCGGCAGGAAGAUCGCUCUAGAAGAAGUGAAAGAAGGCGAAGACAAACGCAAGUUCAAAUACGCUUACCACUGCGGCGAGUUAGACGAACCGGUACACAUGCACUCGAUGUCUAUACUGCGCAAGGUUAUCCCCGAGUGGGUGGUGUACCAAGAAUUAUAUGAAGCUGGUGAAGAGAACAAGAAAAUGCUCAUGAGAAACGUUACUGCUAUAGAACCGGAGUGGUUGCCCAUUUACGUGCCACAACUAUGUAAUCUAGGUGAACCUCUAACGGACCCAGAGCCUAGAUUCGAUGAAAAGUCCGGCAAAGUUAAGUGCCACUUCAAGGGUACGUUCGGCAAGGCUGGCUGGGAACUGCCUACCGUUGAGAUCGAAUAUCCAGAUAAAAUAGAACGAUACAGGUGGUUUGCCAAGUUCCUUCUGGACGGUUCCGUAUUUCCUAAGCUGAAGAAGUACUCCGGGUCACUUCUCUCCCCUCCGUCUACUAUGGUAAAGAGCUGGGCCAAAUUACAACCACGCACUGAAAUCAUACUGAAGGCACUAAUCAUGAAAAGGAUAGGCACUAGAGACGCUUUGAAGAACAUAUGGAACGAGCAACCGACUUGCCAAACUAUACUCAUACUCGCUCUGCCAUACUCGCUCAGCGAUAUUCGUUUAGCGAAUCUCCCUCAGCGAUACUGGCUCAGCGGUACUCUUUCAGCGUUACUGGCUCAGCGAGUAUCCCUCAGCGAUGCUAGCUCAGCUGUACUGGCCAAUCGAUACUCAGCAAUACUCGCUCAGGAAUACUGGUUCAGCGAUGCCGGCUCAGCGAAUCUCGCUCCGUGA